AUGUCAUCUGAAGCAGCUAUAGGGUAUAAUAAUACCUCAUCCAAUCAAAACGGACCUUUUAAUCAUAUUCCAUUGUCAUCCACAGGAGCAUCAUCGUCAUCACUUAUGGCGCCAGAUAACACCAUAGGUGCCACCAAUGGACCUCCGGGGUUGAUCAAUAACCCUUCAGUAUAUGGGAAUCAUACACAAUACCCACUUCAGCAGCAACAACAUCAACAACAGCAGCAGCAACAACAACAACAACAACAACAACAACAACAACAGCAGCAGCAGCAGCAGCAGCACUCUUACUCGCAUCAAGAACAAUUUAAUCAACCUCAAUAUCAACAACAAUACCAACUACAACAACCAUCGCAUGGGCAAUCUCCACCCAUUACCGGUUUAUUGAAAAUCUCCAACUUACCACACGACCUCACAAGAAGAGAAGCAACUUUAUUAUUUGCCCUAGUUAUUGAUGAAGUUUUAAGUAUUGAUGUUAGUGAUUGCCAAAUAUUUGCCUUGUUUAAGAAUUUCAAUACUUGCAUAACAACAGGUAAAUUAUUGGAUGGACAACAAAUUUUUGGGCCCGAUUAUCCCCCAAUCAAGGUUGAAUUUGAUAACAGUAGUCUUCAGCAUACAUUGGGAUCUCCGCAAGUAUUGGCCCAAACACAAUCAGCAUUUAACUCGUUGUCAUUAUCUUCAUCUAACAACAUUUCACCACCAAAUACAUUCAGCAAUGCAGCAACUCCAUCACAUGGGCCAACGCCGUUGUCACAGACACAAAUGGGAUCACAUCAACUUUUGAACAAUGCACCAUCUACUCAUUCAUCCAGUGCACAGCAUCCGGUUGCCCCAUUUGAUGUAUUGCAAAAGAGACUGUCUGUGGGUAAUCAGAGAUCUAGGUUUGCCUUUAGUGACCCAUUUUCGCAUGAACAACAGCAACAUCAGCAGAACCAACCUCAACCACAAUCGCAUCAGCAGAGUCAUUUUCAACCCCCUCAACAAAGGCUAUCCGGUUCUGGUGUCCAAUCUGGUCCCCCCAGUAGCUCCAUUCAACCACAAACACAGUCAGGUUCCAAGUUUAAUUUUCCCUCUCGUAGUCUAUCCGAUGAUCUACCCCAACCAGCUGGUUUAGGUUCGGGAUCGGCAAACGGGUCAAGAGCGAAUACUGGAGUGGGUGAUUUCUCCGAAGUGACUGGGAAAUCAAUACUACUUAUGGAGUCUCAAAAUGAUGCUAGGGAUUACGAACAAUUGGUUAGAGAUCCUUGGAGCUCGAAUCCGAAUAAUGGAUCCUCAGCACAUAGUCCUACAGUAUAUUCAAACCCCGAGUGGAACGCCUCGGCAGGUGCUACCAAUGGCACAUCGAAUAUUAUCUUACAGCAACCACCCGACCGCCGAAGAACUUCAUCUUCAUUUUUUAAUCCACAGUUGCCACAGGAUCAACUACAACAACAAUUGACGUCGCCGCCACAUCUUGCAACAGCUCCUAACCAAACUCCCCCACAUGGUCCAACAGCAUCGGGGUUAAGGUCGUCGUUGCAACAGCCAGGUGGAAUGAGUCAACGCCAAGAUUACCAAUCCGGCAAAGGGUCACAGUCAUCUUCCCAAGCUUACCCGCAGCAACAGCAACUGAAUGCACAAGGGAUUAAACCUCGAACGUCGCCGGCAGCUUUAAUAAACGCUAGUCCCUCGACUGCUGCUGCCUCGUCACAAACGGGUAACAAGAUUCCAACUGCAAAAGAUAUACCUGAGCUUUCAUUAUUAGCCAAAGUGCCACCUCCAGCCAAUCCAGCUGAUCAGAACCCACCUUGUAAUACAUUGUAUGUUGGUAAUUUACCACCUGAUGCAACUGAAGCUGAAUUGCGUACGUUGUUUGCUCCACAAAAGGGAUUUAGACGGUUAUCAUUUAGGACAAAGAACCAAUCCAGUAAUAAUACCAGUGGGUCAGCUGGAUCUUCUUCUUCUUCAGCUACAGCAACAACUACCGGAACGUCCAACUCAAGUGGUCAUAAUCAUGGACCAAUGUGUUUUGUUGAGUUUGAAGAUGUUGCUCAUGCGACGAGAGCAUUGGCUGAAUUGUAUGGACGGACAUUGCCAAGACCACAUGCAGGAAGCAAUGGUAAAGGAGGAAUUCGGUUAUCGUUUUCUAAAAAUCCAUUGGGAGUUCGAGGUCCAGGAAAUGUGAGGAGGACAUCAACUAAUCAGUUGGCCGGUGGAAAUCAAGCGCAAGGUGCCGGCGCAACUUCCUCGCAAGAUGCUUCACAGAAACAACCAUCUUCAACUUCAUCUUCAGCACAGCAACUGGGUUCUGGUGCCGCUAUGAAUGGUACUAAUGGAUCAAGUGGAGCAAAGUGGAAUUAG